AUGGUCGAGGAAGCCAGCAACGCUGUGUCGGCACUAUGCCCGGAUAGCCACUGGCAGCGCUUUUUCCAACUCUUUGGGGAGCUGGUGAUGCUCGAGCGGGUGCUCAGCGAGCCGGGCCGAGCCGUGCUUCUGGCCAUGUACGAGGCCCUCGCAGGACGUUGCCUUUUCUGCGAGAGCCAAGACUGGAAUCCUGUUUUCCCUGUGCUCUGCACCCUGCGGGACUACGACGUCCUGAAGGCCCAGCUCUGCCGUGGCGAGCGCGUCCAGGAUGACGAGGCGGCCUUCGUGCUGCGCCGCCUGGACGGCGACAGGGCCCCAGAAUGGCCAAGCCCAUCGCCUCCCGAGGUGCUGCUAGUGACUACGAGCAUGCCUGCCGCUGUUUGCGGCAGGGAUGGCCCGCUAGCGCUGCGGCUGGUGCAUGUCUCGAAGGCGCAUGCGGUCUUACGACUGUUUAGAGAUACGUCCUCUAUCCCAGCGACAUGGAAGCUGACCAUACAAGACACAUCCACCAAUGGCACCUGGGUCAACGGUGUGAAGCUGAUGCAUAACACUCAGCAGGAGCUCAAGCUGCACGACCAGGUUUGUUUUGUGCCGCCAGCGCCUGCUUCUCGCCAGUUGAUCUACCAGGUGCUGCCCGGCAGCAUGCAUCACAGCGGCUUGCUUCAGAGACCGGCGGCGAUAUCUGCCCCUGCGGACAUCGUGGAGAGGGUGCCAAGCAUGCCACCGCCCUCCUCUGUUCCGAGUCAUGCAACAGCGAGGACAGCGAGACCUUCCAAAAGACAGCGACUUCAGGACGAAUGUUUGUCGACUUGGUUGGCGUCACUUGGAGACCCAGCUGUUCUCCAAUACGAGCACCAGCUUCUCAGGCUAGCCCGCUCAGCAUCUGACCUGAGAGACCACUAUGCCUCAGACAUCAGCCGCUUUGUCGCUGAGCUGGGCGUGCGAGAGGAGCAUAAGGCGACGUUCAGGCGAGGCCUGCUGCAGCUCCGUCACGCGAGCUGA